AUGUCUUACUAUGAUAUUGAUUCUAUCUUGACUGAUGCACAGAAAUUGCCAUGUACAUUUGAGCUCGAAGUACCUGGACUCGGUAUUCUAGAGGGCAAUGCGGGUGAUGAUAUCAAAGCUGGAACCCGGAUCGAUCUUCCACUAUGGCUAGGUGAAAUGCUCUCGAUCGGAGCACGUCUAGGAACGGCCCGUCUAGUCACGCUCGACAUGCCCGAGGCACUUUCGGAGCGAGUUAUGAAUGCACUGAAGGCAGAUCCCCGCACGCUUGACUUGCGCGCUUUAGCACCUCAUUUCUACAAUCUGAGCGAGCGGAUUCUCGAACUCUUCGAGGAAGAAGAGAUGGUCGAUGUUCUCGGAGAUGCAUUCAAGAAACGAGCGGCAGAUAUCGCUGAUCAUGCGCAUAACUCGCGUGGUGCAGUCGGGGGCGGAGUUGAUUUCCUUCGCGGACUGGAUGAGACUGAGCGACAAUUGUUCCGCGCUGCUCAUGACCGGGCCAAGGACAUGCGGAUCUGGUCCGGAGAGGCGAAACUGUUGCGUCCAAAGCGGGAAACUGGGGGCUUUUUGCGGCACGUCAAUUAUGCGCAUUCGGUGAACAUUAUGCCUGCAGCCAUUAUGGAUGAGAAAAUUCAAAGAAGGAGCUCGGCUGCUGGUCAGCCUGCUCCUUCGCACUCCCGAAACCCCGUAUAUCAUCCCAAGGCUGCACCCAAACGCAGUCUCUCUUCUAAAGACCACUCUCCUAGCUUGUCAGAACGUCCUCAGCACCCAUCACUUUCCCGCGUCAAGGGUCGAGCGAAUAUGUUUACUCCGCCUCGUGUGAGCGCAGAGGCUUCCUGGCUGAGGGACCAGUCGCCUAUCCAUCAAGAUACAAGGACGUCAAACCGUUCAUCUGGCACCCCCGAACCCGGUACCCCUACGCUAGUAAACCCUGCUUCAGCUCUCCUGCAAGAUUUACUGAAAGAAGAACGCGCACAUCGAAGCUCCCGGGGAACAAUAUCUGAGGAGUACAAAGAGAAUGUCGCUGAAACUCCUGAGGCGACCCGAACCCAGGAAGAUGCUGCCUCCGAAAAAGCACGCAAAGUGAGUGACGUCUUCUCUGCUGGCCAGAGAAAACCGAAAGAGAUGGGCAUGCGGGAAAUGGACCAAUACGUAUCAAAAAUGAACAAGCUCAAUUUCGAUCUGAAGCUUGAAGUGUUUCAUCGAGCACAACAAAUCGCUACAUAUGAAAAGAAGCUGGAACGGAUGGCGGAGAUGGAAGAACAACUAGCUCACAUGGCGGAUUUGGUAGCAGAAGUAGAGGAGCUUCGAACCACUGAGAAAGACAAUCAGAUCCUACGCGAGUCUAAUGAGCAACUUCGGCUUGACCUUGACAAGCGUGACCUGGCUGUUACUGAAGCAGUCGAGCUCAUCUGCCAGCUGGAAUCGAAAAUUGAAAUACUGGAGAACGGUGGCCGGGUCUCUAUGAUAUCUAUGUCACGUCCUAUAACCGCUGAUGGCUCCGAGGCCUCAGCGCUGAAAUCCCGGGCCAUGAUUGAGAUCCCGGAGAGAACCUCUUCCAUGCGAAAUUCAAGUAUCUUGAGUGUAACUCAGCGCCAGACAUCUUCCGAGCUACGCAGACUCUCGAAAGCACCCUCCUUCCUACGAGCGGAUAACAAAAGUACUGCCACUUUGCGAAGCCUUUAUACUCCUGAAGAAGAAACCCAGUCACGCUCUGCAAGGACGGAGCUUUCGAAAUCAGCGAGCUUCCACACGACCACCGAGGCUAUGGAGCCCGAGUCACCCAGAUUGAGCGUCUUGAGUGAAUGCAGUGAGCUGAAUCCGUUUGACACACCUAUGAGGUGGCAAGAAUUUGAUCAACUCGAGAUCCCUAUUAGGCGAUCGCCGUCGACUGCGGGCAGCGUGGAUAGCUACGUUCCCCCAAACAGGCGGGAGGAAAGCAAAGAAGACCAGAUUGACCGGUGGAUGCAGUCUCGCGAAGAGGUAAACCAGACUGUGAUCACGAGACGCAGGAACCGAGCAUUAUCUGAUGCUACCAAGGUCAGCAUACCCAGUUUUACAACAGACUUGUAUGCUCCCAAGCCGCGUGGACGCGGACGACUGGAUGCAUCUCUUUUCGGAGGCAUCAGGCUUCCUCCCACUCCUGACACCAUGAGUACUGCAUAUGCUAACGGGGCAAACCGAUCAAAUGGAUCAAAUGGGAGCAUUAGAGCCCGAAAGAGCCCACAGACCGAGUCUGAUCUGUUCUUCUCCGGUAGGCGAGUUAAUCGCCCACGUUCUGCAGAAGAGAUGGCUAGUCCCUACAGCUUCAACGGCAGUGAGCUUGACGUCAGCAUGCAAACCAAUUGCAGUGAUACUCCGCGCAUAGGAGUCACAGCUGACGAGUCACGUACUAUCUUGCCCUCUUUCAACCCAGUUUCCUCCAAAGCCAGCGCGCUUCUUGGGCCUGGAAGCCCCGGCAACCCUGUCAUCGAGAAGUUUGGAGAUAUGUACCACGCAAAUGCCAACGAAGCAUCAACCCCAACAAUUAAACGUGUCCGUAGCCCACACAAGGCUAUGACUCCGGAGGCGCACAAUAGUGACCGCGACUCCUCACCACCACUCACACCCCAAGACUGGGUUGCCGCUGCAAAGCAAGGUCCACGGUCUCGUAAGCCGAAGCCGCGUGAGACCCGCCGCGAAAUUCAACAGAGAGAGCUAUCGCCUCGCACUAUGGCCAGCCCAGCCGCCUUGCGCGAUGACAGCAGCAUCGCUUCGGAUCCAAGCGAGCCCGACGUCCCUGGUAUCCCAACUCUUGACAUGGCAACUUUGGAUAUCUUGGAACGACCUCGCGACCCUGACCAGUCAGAGCCCAAAUCCGAAGCUAACCCCGAACCCCGUCGCCGCCUCAGCUUUAUACCCCCAUUCUUCAACCGCUCAGCCAAUAACCCCCGUCAUCCACAGGGCUCCCCAAUUCUAAACGACUUCGAAGAUGAUGAUGAAGACGGCGCCCCAUCCCCGGUGAUUCCCAAAACCAGAACAAUGGGAGGCGCCUCUCGAAGACCUAUUUCUCAAAUAAUCACCGCCCCAGGCGACCUAUACGCCAACCCUACAAACAAUAAUGAUGAACCGCCCUCAGCCUUCAGGACACGAGGACUGCCGCAAUCUUCGACAAUGUCAACACUUGCUGACCACCACGUCUCCGCAACAAUCUCAGGACGGCCCUCCACAUCCCAUGGCAUAGAGCACAAGCGGCGCAGCUCACUGGGCAUUUUCGGCUGGAUAAAGAGUAAACGCUCUGAUUCCGUGGGGAUGGAUAAGUCCACUGACUCCGCGCCGAAGGAGAACCGUGUUCCCUCGCGUUUAGCUUCUGAAACUAAUCAUGGGCUUGGACUUCCCCGUGCCGAGACGCCAGAUUCCAUGGAGGCCUAUGUCAGACCUCACUCUGAAAUGACUAUUCAUUCCGAUGACUAUGCAAGACGGCCUAGGUAUAUGGGUCGUCGUGCUCGCAGGGGCUGA